AAUUCCCAAAUAGUGGGGUCUAAUUGUAAACACAAAAAUUGUAGGAAACGAGACAAAUCUGAGGAAAUUGAAUGCGAAGUUGGGUGAAUACGAUUCACGACACAUACACACACUCGAGUGUAUCUAUCUGUAUGUAUAUUAGCGAAAUGAUCCUUUGCUUGUUUUGAUCUUUGUGGAUAGAAGUCACCGCCCCCACCCCUCACACAAUAAUAUCAACGCAAUACAAUACACACACUUUCAGAGAGAGAGAGAGAUAUUCAGAGAGAGAGAGAGAGCGGGAGAGAGAGACUGAGAGAGAGGGGGGAGAGAGAGAAGGCGACGGUCUGAGAGUGAUUGUUGAUUGUAAUUGGCUGAAUAACUGUAGAGAUGGGGUUAAUAUCUGGGAUUCUGAUGGGGAUGAUCACUGGAAUUGCAUUGAUGGCGGGUUGGAGUCGGAUGAUGAAGUAUCGAAGCAACAAACGUAUUGCUAAGGCAGUUGACAUUAAGCUCCUUGGAUCCCUCAGUAGAGAUGAUUUGAAGAAAAUUUGUGGAGAGAACUUUCCCGAGUGGAUAUCAUUUCCUGUUUAUGAGCAGGUAAAAUGGUUGAACAAGCAACUGAGCAAACUCUGGCCAUUUGUUGCAGAUGCAGCAACGGCAAUAAUAAAAGAAUCUGUUGAACCUUUGUUAGAGGAAUACCGACCAGCAGGAAUUACGUCAAUGAAGUUCAGUAAACUGUCCCUUGGAAAUGUGCCUCCUAAGAUUGAAGGCAUUCGUGUUCAGAGCCUUAAAGAAGGCCAAAUUACAAUGGAUAUUGAUUUCCGGUGGGGUGGUGAUCCGAGCAUCAUCCUAGGCAUUGAGGCUGCAAUGGUUGCUUCUAUACCCAUUCAGUUAAAGGACCUCCAAGUUUUUACUGUCAUUCGUGUUAUCUUCCAACUUACUGAUGAAAUUCCAUGCAUCUCUGCUGUAGUUGUUGCCUUACUUUCUGAGCCAAAGCCAAGAAUUGAUUAUACUCUUAAGGCUAUCGGAGGGAGUUUAACAGCUAUACCUGGACUUUCAGAUAUGAUAGAUGAUACCGUAAACACCAUUGUCACAGAUAUGCUCCAGUGGCCCCACAGGAUUGUUGUUCCAAUUGGUGGUGUACCUGUCGACACAAGUGAUUUGGAGCUUAAACCACAAGGGAAGCUUACUCUGACAGUAGUUAAGGCAAAUGAAUUGAAGAACAUGGAGAUGAUUGGAAAAUCUGAUCCAUAUGUGGUUCUGUACAUAAGACCGCUUUUCAAGGUUAAGACAAAGGUUGUCGAUAAUAACUUGAAUCCUGUUUGGGACGAGACUUUUGAGUUGAUUGCCGAAGACAAGGAAACUCAGGCUCUCAUAUUUGAGGUCUUUGACCAAGACAUUGGACAAGACAAGCGUCUGGGUAUAGCAAAGUUACCAUUACGUGAGCUGGAAGCUGAUACGACAAAGGAGAUGCAGCUGAGACUGAUGCCAUCGCUAGAUAUGCUUAAGAUAAAAGAUAAGAAGGAUAGGGGUACUAUUACUGUUAAGGUUUUGUAUCAUGAAUUCAACAAAGAAGAGCAAUAUCAAGCCCUGGAAGAUGAGAAACGAAUUCUAGAAGAGAGAAAGAAACUAAAAGAAGCAGGGGUUAUUGGUAGCACGAUGGAUGCUGUGGGGGCAGUGGGCAGUGGUAUUGGUGCUGGAGUCGGGAUGGUGGGUACUGGUCUCGGUGCUGGAGUUGGGAUUGUCGGGAGUGGCUUCGGAGCUGUUGGAAGUGGUCUGAGCAAAGCUGGAAAGUUUAUGGGCAGAAGCAUAACAGGGCAGUCUACUUCUAAGAAGAGUGGUACAAGCACCCCAGUCAACUCUACUCAGGAAAAUGGUGGCGCAAAACCACUUUAGUAAUUUAGGAUUGUCAGACCUAAAAUGUUUAUGAUUUAUGUAUCAAAACUUACUUGUGGAUUAUUUACUUACGGAGUAUAUUUGGUAUAAUUGUUUUUUCUUGUGCUAGUGUGAUCUUGUGACAACAUGAACUUUAGCUUUUCCAUUAUUUGCUUGAUUCGUACUGCUGAAUAAGAAUGUGGUUUAUAUGUAAUUUCUCCCCUCCGGUUGUAUCCUUUGAAUAGAAAAGAAUUGAUUUCACAA